AUGUUUUUCACCCCUCUACUAGUCGGGCUGGGUCCGGCCUUUGCGACGGCGGUGGCAGCACAUACCGAUCCUGUCGAUACCCAUGCCAACCUAUCGCAGAUCCCCGAUGACAUUCUGCAGCGGAAUGCGGUCAUUCAAGCCCAUCUCGCCCAGCGACCGGUGCGCGGCGUGAAGAAGAUGAGCAACGAUGAGGGCGAGAAGUUCUUCUUGGAUUACUGGUACUUCGGGGAGGAUGCAGUUGAGGGCAAUGAAAACCACACCACGAAACCACUACAAGAGCGACAAGAGACAUCUACGAACGAGCACCUCGCGACCGAGGAACGACUCGACCUCCAGCCUCGAUCGUUUCCCCAUAAUCCAUCGCUUUUACUGAAUCGUCGGGACUCGGCGAGCGACGCUCACGGCUGGAUGGCCGCGCAGUUCUCACCGCUGUUUCGCAGAGAUUUUAAAUGUCCGGCCGGCACUUUUUCCUGUGCCUCGAUCGAUCGCCCCAACAGUUGCUGCAAUGCCGGUCAGACCUGCGAGUUGGUCAAAGACACUGGGUCCGGCGACGUGGGCUGCUGCCCGACUGGAGAGGACUGCUCGGGCACGAUUGGGAAGUGCAGGCAGGGGUAUUCGAGUUGCUCGGCGUCGCUGGGCGGCGGUUGUUGUAUUCCGGGUUAUGACUGUGUCAGUGGUGGAUGUGCCAGAGUCUACACGAUCACUAUCACGGUGUCCUCGUCCGUGAUGUUGUCCACUUCCACCCAGACAGUCCCCGCGACAAGCACGGUUGAGCAUAGCACCACGACCACCAGCCGUAGUACCCAUAGUACUGCGUCUACUAGCAGCAAGGAAACCAAGACGACCGGGGAUCUGUCCCCGCCCGCGCGGCCCACAAGUGUCUCGACGGCCACUACUUCCCACGCCAGGGAAACGGGCGACGUGUGUCCCCUUGGAUUCUACGCAUGUUCGGCGGUGUAUCACGGAGGAUGCUGUCAGACCGGACGCGACUGCGACACGACCUCGUGUCCCUCCACACGAUCCACGACCAUCACCACCAAUGAUCGCACGAUCGUGGUUCCGGUCGAGACGACGGAGGCGACGGCGACGAGCGGCGGACGAUGCGCGACUGGCUGGUUCAGCUGCGCCGACACCGCAGGCGGAGGUUGUUGUCCGACAGGAUAUGCGUGCGGUUCAAGCUGUACCGCUCAAGCGACGGCGACGGCGACAGGCACCGUAGCUAAGGAGGCGCCGACCAACGCGGCGAGUCGGAAUUGGUCCGAAUGGACGAGGAUCGUGGGAAUUGGCAUGCUGGGAAUGAUCUGGACGAUGGGAUGA